UCUUCCAUAGACCAAGCCUGCACAUCAUGGAAUAUCAUUUCCCAUAGAAGGAUCAAUCCCAUGGGCACCCAAUUCUCCACUUAUACAAGUUUCAAACUGGGCUGCCUUGCAUUUACUUUAUAUCCCAAAGUGAGCCAUGGUGCAUCAAGCCUUAUGUUUCAAACUGCAUGUCUGCUCCUUCUUUCCCUUCACCUCACCUCAGUUUCAGGCCAAGAUUAUACCAAUCUCAACCAUGAGAUAUCAUUUCCCCAUUUAGGAUCAAUCCCAAGACUGUUCAGGUUCCUCUAUUCUCUUAGCUUCAGACUUCCAGGUUUUCCCAUCUCAUGGUGCUUUAUUCCCCAGUGUGAGGUCCAAACCCAAAACUCCACCAUAAAUGGCUUUGAGUUGGGCUACAAGAAUCCACUCCAUCAUCCUAUUCAGCACAUGUGGAAUCAUCUCCCAUACAAGGAUCCUCCCCAUGGCAGUCCCAAUCUCCACUUAAAAGCUUUGAUCAGGAACUGCAGAAUGCCCAGCUUCCCAUCAAACCUGUAGCUCACCUGCAACCAAGUCCUGAAGGCUACUUCAACAUUUUCUGUCCUGCUCCUGUUCCCUUCCCAGGUUGAGGACCUCUAUUCAAGAGAUAUCAACACCCCUCCACUAACAUAGCCUUGGAGUGUUGCUACAAACCAGAUUCACCCAAAGCCUCAUAACACUACUCUCCUCUGCAUCAUUCAAACUUCAUCUCUGUUCUGCCCACAAUACUGACAGAGACCAGGCAUCUUAGGACCAAUCUCUGCAAACAGAAGCAUAUGAAAUCAUUUCCCAUGGAAGGAUCAUCCAUAUGGCAGCCCUAACCUCCACUUCAAAAGCUUUAGCUAGAGGCUGCAAAUCUGAACUGUUCCACUGGCCAUGGUUUCAUUCAAAAUCAAGGGAUACAUAGUAGGAUCCACCCCAUGGCAGUCUAGCUCUCCACCCAAAACUGGAUUGUGACUUUUGAGUGGAUAAAUUUGAAGGUGCAUCACACCUAGACUAUGUGA